AUGGAAAUCUGUAUACAAUAGGAUGUGAUAAAACUAGAAGAUUUAAAAAUUAUAGUUUCAGUAAUAGAAUUGAGAAAUAAAUUUUUGAUCAAUUUUAUUAAACCAAUCCAUCAAGUAUGUUAUAUUUAGCAAGAUGAACCAAUUUGUAUGAGAAUAAUAAGGAAAUUAAAAUUAAAAGGAAUAUUCAAUAAUUCCUAUAAUUGA